AGAGAGUUAGUGGACUGGGGUUCCCUCAGGUGUUUGGCUCCAGUCAUGGCCGGGAACUCAGAGAAAGUACCGAUCGCCUCCGCGGGACCAGAGGACCUGCAUCAGUUCAUGCCUCCGGCCUACUCUGCCGUGGCCGUGAAGCCCGCCGCCACCGGCCGCCUCCUGAAGGCCGGGAUCGCGGUGCUCAUCGCAGGGGCCCUCCUACUGCUACUGGGGGCAGUCGGAGCUUUCUACUUCUGGAACAACAAUGAAAAACACGUCUACAAUGUCCACUACAGCAUGAGCAUCAAUGGAAAAGUGGAGGAGGGGACGAUGGAGAUCGACACAGCCAGUAACAUAGAGAGAUUCAGCACCGGCAGCGGGGCGGACGAAGCUGUGGAGGUCCAUGACUUUGAGAUUGGGAUCACUGGGAUCCGGUUUUCAGGAGGAGAGAAGUGCUACAUCAAGACCCAAGUGAAGGCUCGUCUGCCUGAUGUGGACGCUCUCAACAAGGACUCGAUGACAUUCGACCUGGAGGACGAGGUGAUGCCGGCCAAAUUUGAGGAUGAUCUGAUCUGGGUGGCGGCUGGCGCUCCCAUCUCGGACUCUGCCUUCCUCAGCAACAAGAUAAAGGACUUGUGUGGAGACCUGCCAAUCUUCUGGCUUCGUCCAACCUACUCACCCAGCGGAGAGAGGAAGAGGAGGGCCGCCCCCCGCCAGCGCCGCCAGGCAGCUGGGGCCGGGGAGGAAGAAGAGGACGUGGAGGCCGAGUUCAACCCGGAGAACCCCUAUCAGAGGGGUCUUGAGGGUGAGCAGGGAACCAUGACCCACGACCCCAUGCUGGACCACCAGGGAGUGUGCUGCACAGAGUGCCGUCGCAGCCACACCCACUGCCAGAGGAUCUGUGAGCCGCUGGGAGGGUACCACCCGUGGCCGUACCACUACAGAGGCUGCAGGGUGGUCUGCAGAGUUAUCAUGCCGUGCAACUGGUGGGUGGCACGCAUUUUGGGUCUGGUGUAGACAGCCCCCCCUCUGCCCACUUGGGAGAUGGUAGAGUCCGAGAGGGAAGAAACUAGGGAGGGAUGGGGGUUCCAAGGGAGGGGAGAUGAAGGGAAAAGUUUAGCAAAGGGAGAUGGUGGCUUCUUAUCGUCAUCUACUGUAGUUACCGGUUAGUUUGAGCAGAUUGGUAGGAAAUGAACAGUGUCAGUCAGCGUGUCCACACAUUAUAAAUGCAUGGUACAGAAUCUAGGACAGACAUGAUCUGACAUGUAAAGGUAAACAGUGGCUGCACCCUGCACAGCUUGUCCUAUUAAAAAAACAUACCUGCUAUCAGGUUCUUCUGGUCUACAGCCCAACAUGCUGUCAAGAGAAAAGAGAUGAUGGUGAUAUCAAACAUUCAACAGACCUGUUCUCAAUUAAAUGCAUUGAUAUCUGCGUUUAUUUCAAAUAUGUUUAACUGGACCCAUUUAUAUAUAGGAAAAGCAGGUAAGCUUGUGUUUAUAGAGCUGGUAAUCAUUCCUUUGCUUUCAUUCUUUGCUUUUUGAUGUAAAUAAAUGUAUAGGGUGCACAGUAUUCCAAGGCAGUCAAGCUGUUGUUCUAGUGAGAAAUCUUUUUGACUCCUGUGUUUGUAACUCUUUCCCUUUUCUAUUUUGUCUUCAUGAGUAGCUCUCAUUAAAACAAUGUACUGUACGCAUUCUCUCACAAACUUUCAUCUAAAUGCAUUUUCAUCUGCAUUGAAGAACCUAUCUCAAAGUGCAAUAUCUCUGAAUAAACUUUUAAAGUAAA